AUGCAGCUGAAGUUCCUGAAAACCCUCGUGGAGGCGCAAGAGAAGCUGAACCGAGUGGCGGCGCUGUGCUGGUCGCCGAACAACCACAAGCUGGCCGUGGCCACGGCGGAUCGCAUGAUCCUGCUGUUCGACGAAGGCGGCGAGCGCCGGGACAAGUUCUCCACGAAGCCCAGCGAUCCGGGCAACGGGAAGACUUCCUACGUGAUCCGCGGCCUGGCCUUCAGUCCCGACUCAACGCGUCUGGCCGUGGCGCAGAGCGACAGCAUCGUGUUCGUGUACAAGCUGGGCGAGGGCUGGACGGAGAAGAAGGUCAUCUGCAACAAGUUCCCUCAGCCGUCGCCCGUGACGUGCCUCGUGUGGCUCACGUGCGGCACGAUUGUGGCCGGCCUGGAGGAUGGCCGCGUGCGUGCUCUGCACAGCAAGAACAACAAGUCGCAGAACAUGUACGGCGCCGAGAGCCUCACCGUGUCCCUGGUGGCCAAUCCCCGCGGCACAGGUGUCCUCAGUGGCCACGAGGACGGAUCGAUUGUGCGCUUCUUCGUGGUGGAGGAGUUCGGAGACGUUUCCGGCCGAGUCACCCAACAUCCCGUCUCACCGGUGGCCCUGGCGUGGACUCACGCGGGCUUCAUGGCGGCCGGAUCGGACCGAAAGGUGUCCUUCUACGACGACCAGGGCAAACCGUCACGUAUUUUCGAUUUCUCGAGGGACGAUUCGGAGAGGGAGUUCAUGAUUGCCGCUGCCAGUCCUAAUGGACAGACUGUGGGCGUGGGCAGCUUCGACCGGGUGAGAAUCUACACCUGGAGCUCCCGGCAGAACACCUGGAACGAGACCGCUGUCAAGGAGAUUCGCAAUCUGUACUCAGUCACGGCGCUGGCUUGGCGACGCGACGGAGCGAGAUUAACUAUUGGAUCCCUUUGUGGCGCUGUCUUGACUUUCGAGUCUGUCCUCAGGCGAACUUUGUGGCAGGACAAGUUCGAGCUGACUUUCGUGGCUCCUAGUCAGAUUCUGCUCAAGUCCCUGCAGGACUCUUCCGACACGUUGUCCAUCGAGUCCGAUCUGGGGAUGGAGAUUGACGAUGUGCGGAUUAUGGGAAAGGACAGCUAUUUAGUGGCGCGAACGGAGGAAUCUCUGAUCCUGUGCGACAUCGUGCGCGGUCUCACAAGUGAGGUCGCCUGGACAGCUUCCGGCAGACACGAGAGAUUCUACUUCGAGAAUCCAAACGUCUGCCUCGUGUUCAAUGCUGGCGAACUGUCCUUGAUCGAGUACGGCGAUCACUACAUUCUGGGCUCUGUCCGGACGGAGUUUGUGAAUCCGCAUGUGAUUUCUGUGCGAUUGAAUGAACGCGGCACGUCGAGGGACAACAAGAAGUUGGCUUAUCUGCUGGACAUGAAGACCAUUUGCGUGGUGGAUUUGGUCACUCAGUCCACGAUUACGCAGAUUUCACACGACUCCAAGAUUGACUGGAUAGAGCUGAAUGAGACGGGACACAAGCUGCUCUUCCGCGACAAGAAGAUGCGCCUGAUGCUGGUGGACAUCGCCACGAGCCGCAAGCAGACGCUCCUGGGCAAGGUGUCCUUCGUCCAGUGGGUCAUCCAGAGCGACGUGGCAGUGGCGCAGAGCGAUGCCAAUCUCGUGGUUUGGUACAACAUCGACAUGCCGGAGCACGUGACGAUCCUGCCCAUCCGCGGCGAGGUGGUGGACGUGGUGCGCGAGGACGGGAAGACGGAAGUGCACUCGGUGGAGGGGCCCACAAAUCACGUCUACCCACUCGACGAGGGACUCGUGGAAUUUGGCACGGCGGUCAAUGACAGCGAUUUCGGCCGCGCCAUUCUCUUCCUGGAAUCUCUGGGCGAUCGACCGGCGGCCACAGCAAUGUGGCACAAUUUGGCCAAUAUUGCUCUGCGCGAGAAGAACUUGAGGGUGGCGCAGCGAUGCUUCGCGGCUCUCGGGAAUGCGUCGAAGACCUUCUAUCUGGCGGAAGUGAUCAAGAUUGCCGACAAGUACGAGGAGAGCCACCAGCCGGGCUCCGGAAUGGAGUGUGCAGAGGUUCGAGCGCGACUGGCGCUGCUCUACGCGGAUCUGCGGACGGCUGAGAGGAUUUAUCUGGAGCAGGGCGACAUUGAGUCCGCUCUGGAGAUGUACAAGAGACUGGGCAGGUGGUCGGAUGCCAUCAAGCUGGCCGAGAGGAGGGGCUAUCAUGGGCUGAAGGAGCUCGAAGAGGCUCAAAUGGCGCAUCUGCUGAAUUCCGGCCAAGAGGAGGCAGCUGGGAAGGUUCUGGAGGAUCGUGGUGACUGUGACAGAGCUAUGACACUCUACCUGAAGGCACGAAAGCCCGCAAAAGCUGCGAGAUUGGCACUGAAGCACACUUACUUGCUGCAGAAUGAGGAACUCAUGUCCAGGGUUUCGGCUUCUCUGGUCAAAUCGGAGCUCUUCGAGCUCGCUGGUGAUUUGGCUCACAAGAUGGACAAGGCGGAAGUCGCCCUGGGACUGUACAGGAAGGCUGGGGCUUACGCGAGGGCGAUUGAUUUGGCGCGCUUCGUGGCUCCGGAUGAGGUGACCAACUUGGAGGAGAGUUGGGGUGAUUGGCUGGUGGCGAAGCGCCAGAUGGAUGCCUCAAUCAGUCACUACAUCGAGGCUGGAGCCACUCUCAAAGCCCUGGAAGCGGCUGUGGCGGCCAAACAGUGGCGGAAGGCUGUGCAGAUCGCCAAAGUCCUGGACGAUCCCGUUGAGAUCAAGAAGUACGCACUGGACUUGUCCACACACCUGGCGAAUGCUGGCGACAUCGCCGGCGCGGAAGGUUUGCUGGUCAGGGCGGAGCUGUACAAGGAAGCCGUUGAGUUUCUCAACAAGCACGGAAAGUGGGAGGAAGCUUAUGAGAUUGCCGAGAAGUAUCUUGAGCAGCAAGAAGCCAGGAAGAUGUUUAUUGAUUUGGCCACGAAACUCGAGGAAGAGGGCAAAUUCAGGGAUGCCGAGAAAGUUCUCGUGGCCAUUGAGGAGCCCGAUCUUGCCAUUUCCAUGUACAAGAGACUCGAACACUACGACGCGAUGAUCAGACUCGUGGAAAGGUAUCACAGAGACCUCCUGGAGAACACUCAUCUCCAUCUGGCCAGGCAACUGGAGUCCAAGAACCGACACAAGCAGGCGGAAGUUCACUUCCUCGCCGGAGGAGAUUGGAAGUCAGUUGUCCACAUGUAUUGCACUGUUAACAAGUGGGAGGACGCUUAUCGCGUGGCCAAGCAGAAAGGUGGCGACGGAGCCUCGAACCAAGUGGCUUUCAUGUGGGCCAAAUCCCUGCCCGUCGAAGGAGCUGCCAGGCUGCUGACGAAGAUGGGCUUGCUGGAGAGUGCUUUACAGUUCUCUUGCGAAGCAGGACAGUUUGACUUUGCUCUGGAACUCUGUCGCCUCACGGGGAAACCCACUGAAGACAUCCACUUGAGAAUUGCCAUGGCCCUGGAGGAUGAGGGCAAGUUUCACGAGGCUGAGAAGGAGUUCAUCCUGGCCAAGAAACCCCGCGAAGCCAUUCUCAUGUACAGCCAUGGAGCAGAUUGGCAAAGUGCUCUGCAAGUGGCUGAGAAUCACGUUCCCGAAGCCAUAAAUGAGGUCCUGAUGAAUCAGGCCGCGGCAGCCUUGGAUGCGAGGAACUACACGGAAUACGAGGCUCUGAUGAUUCGGGCGGAGAAGCCCGAUUUGGUUCUGCAGCACUACAAGGAGUACGGAAUGUGGCAUGACGCUUUGAGGAUUGCUAAGGAAUACCUUCCGGCUGCUGUAAUUGAGAUUCAACAGUUGCAGCAGAAGGAAGCCAGAGCCUCAUCCUCAGCAGACUCCAAAGCUCUGCUCACCAGAGCCACUGAACACGCGAGGAAUGAGGAGUUCAGGAAGGCUGCAGAUUGUCUGCUGGAGAUAAACUCCUCCAACGCCGAUCGCGUUACCGAGGAGAGGGCUAUUCUUCGCGCAGCUGAGAUCUGCAAUCAGUUCCUGGAGGGCUCUGACUCUGUGGAAGUGGCUCGGGAAUUGGGACCGCGACUUGUGGAGCACGGCCAAAUCGGUCCGGCGGCACAGUUGUAUCUCGCAGCUGAGAUGCCCAAGGAAGCGGUUGAUGUGUUCAUUCAGAGUGAGAAUUGGGCCAAAGCCAGGCGCCUGGCUAAGGAAAUAGAUCCUCAGCUCGUGACUUAUGUGGAGCAGCAGCAGAAGAGUCGGCUGAAGAAUGAGGGAAAUGUGGAGCAAUUGGCUGAUAUUGACAUCAACGGAGCCCUGGAUUUGCUGGCCGAGCAGGGCCAGUGGACGCGAUGCAUAGAGAAGGCGAAGCAGCACAGCACUCCCAUCUUGCAGAAGUACCUGGCCUUGUAUGCUGCUCAACUGAUCCGGGAUCAGGAUUGCGUCGCAGCCCUGAAUCUCUACUUGACACACGGCGUGACAGCAAAUGCACAGAACUUCAACAUCUACAACCGCAUCUCUGUGGAAUGCCUGGGCUUGAGAGAGCCCGACGGGCAGCCCAUUUGGAAGAACCUGCGGAACUUCCUGCAUCAGCUGAUUCAGGUCCUGCGAGCCACUGAGGGCACAGAGCCAGAUGUCCUGGACAGAUUCGACCUGCUACUCCUCAUUGCUCACUACUACACCACAAGAACGGCCUGUCGCCAGGUUCCGGCCCUGCAAUCUCUGGCAGUUAGGAUCUCAACGGCGCUCCUGAGAUACACCGAAGUCAUCCCAGUGGACAAGGGAUUCUACGAGGCUGGCAUGGAUCUCCGGGGCAUGGGUCGAGAGUCAGAGGCCUUCGUCAUUCUCAAUCACUAUCUGGACGUGUGCGAGGCCAUCGAGGAGGGUUCUGGCAAUCUGGUGGACCAUUCAGACUUGGCCGCCACGGACUUUCCCAGUUCGGUGCCCAUUCCGGCGGAUCUGCACCUCAAGAAUGAGCUGCAGCUGCACGAGGAGGUCAGGGAGUGGAUCCUGGCCGUGAGCAUGGACCAGAAAGUCGAUCAGUCCCUGCCGACGGACGACCGGAACCUGUACGAGUCCAGCCUGGGCCUCUCAGAUCAGCCCUGUAUCGCGUCCGGCUAUCCCGUGGCGGCCAGGCAGCCCGUCAUCUUCCAGCGCAGCCACCGGAUGGCCAACAGAGACGCCUGGAGCAAGCUGACCGUGGCCGCGAAGAUGGCGCCGCACUCCGAUGUGCCCAGCGUGAUUGAGUUCGUGGAGAAGUGGUGCGGCCCAGCGAACUUCAUCUCCAAUUGA